AUGAAGAACAGGCGUUCACCACCAUCAAAGAUGACAAAAUUCGACAAGGACGUUAACAAAAUGAUCAUUUACAUCUUUGUUUUCAAAAUGUUGUUCGUAUUUGCAUUAACUAUCGCUAAUAUGCUAUUACAAUACAAAGAACCUAUACUUAAAGAUGUCAGAGAUUCAUAUGGUAUAUCUUUUGGUAAAGGUUUCAUGCAAUAUUUUAUUUUAUUAAGUUAUAUGAUCCCAAUUUCGUUAGUUGUUACGGUAGAAAUCCUAAAAAUGGCUCAUAUGUUGUUCAUUCAUUGGGAUUACAAGAUGUAUUAUGAAGAAUUCGGUUAUUCUGAGCUUCAUAAUUCGAAUUUAAUUGUAACUUUGGCAGAAAUCACACAUGUAUUGAGUGAUAAGACGGGAACACUUACAGAAAACAUUAUGCAACUCGUAAACUUCACAGAUGUCAACGGCCCCCAUAAAUCUGAAGAUUUUAUUCAAGAUAUCUCAGAAAAUUAUAAGAUUUUAGAGAAAUCGUCUGAAUUUAUACAUUGCUUAGCCCUUUGUAAUAACGUUGUCAUGUUCCAUAAUCCAAACGGAGAAACAGAAUACAACGCAGAAUCUCCAGAUGAAGCUUCCCUCGUCAAAUUCGCAGCGCAGUGUGGUAUAAAGCUUAACGAACAUGAUCCUACGUCGAUUGAACUACAUUCUAUACAAGAAAACGGUGAAAAUGAGAAUGAAAAAUAUAAAAUCGUCUCUUUCAUACUGUUUAACUCUGAUCGUAAGCGUAGUACUAUUGUUCUUCAAAAGGAAGGUACCGAUCAGUUGGUAGUUUACUCGAAAGGUGCUGAUUCUGUUAUGUAUCCCUUAUGUAACCAGAAUCUUUACUCAGGAGAUGUAAACAAGUACGCUAUAGCUGGUUUUAGAACUCUUGUCUUCGCCAAAAGAGUACUUUUCCAAGAAGAAGCCGAAGAAUGGCUCUCAAUGUGGAAAGAUGCAGAGUCAAAGUUCGAAAACCGCGAUGAAGAGAUCUUCAAAAUCGCCAAAUUCGUUGAAUCCAAACUCGAUGUCGUUGGAAUUUCAGCUGCUGAAGAUAAAUUGCAGCCAAAAGUUCCAGAAACGGUCAUGUGGCUAAGGAAAGCCAACAUAGCGUUAUGGAUGCUCACAGGCGACAAGCUUGAGACUGCAAUUGAGAUUGGAAAGACGUCAUCAAUUAUUUUACCUGAUGCCGACAUUUUAAUCAUCUCAAACAACAAUGAAACAGAGUUUACCAAACAGAUAAACAACUAUCUGAACGAUUUCGAGUCAUUUAAAGAACCUGUUCUGAUAUUAAAUUCAGAAACAACGAAUUUUGCUCUUAAAAACCAGAAACUCUUCAUGGAACUCGCAAGUAAAUGCAGAAGCUGCAUUUUCUUGAGGGUUUCGCCUAUAAUGAAAGCGACAAUUGUUGAUAUGAUCAAACAAACCAAGAAUUCAAUGGUUCUCCCAAUUGGCGAUGGUUCCAAUGAUGUUGGAAUGAUACAAGAAGCACAUAUUGGUGUCGGAGUCUUCGGAAGAGAAGGAUCACAAGCGACACAAUCAGCAGAUUUCGCCAUUACAAGGUUUAACAACCUUGUUCGACUUAUAUCUGUACAUGGAACAUGGAGUUAUACAAGACUGACAACAGAUACGGUCUUUAUGCUCUAUAAGAAUUUUGUUUAUAUUUUAAUUGUCAUUUGGUCCACGUUUGACACUUUAGCUAGUCCACCCACCUUUUAUAAUGACUCCAUUUACUUUUGGAUUAUUCGAACAAGUUCUUCCAAGCGAAACUUUAGAGAAUAA